AUGAUUAUUGAUAGGUGCUUACCAUACCAAAAACUACAGAAAUAUCAGGUUGAGAAAUUGUACAAACUUGAAAAAACUAGUUCUGAACUAUAUGUUACACUGGGUGCAGGAUUUUGUUACCAAGGGGACUAUAAAUCUUGUUUGAUAUUUAUCAACGUAUUAGAAAAUGCUAUGUUGGCCAUUCCAAAAAUUCGAACAGGAUAUAGAGUAGAAUGGCCGAACACAAACAAGAAAAAGUUCCUCGAUGAAUAUUUACUGGAAGAAAAACAAAAGUCAGUAGGGAAGGAAGUUACGAAAAAAGAGAGGGAAGAAAUAAUAGAGAAAAUGUGUAGUCUUUUAGGCUUGCCUGAGAAGCUUUUAACCACAAAAGGACCUUGUAAACGACCAGAUUUAAUGACAAAGACACAGUUGAAUAACGAGCUGCAAUCACGAGGCUUGAGUUUGGAUGGCAGUUUAGAACAACGACAAUCUACAUUAGAAAAAGAUGAUAAAAAGUGCAAAUAUCUGACUUUACCGGACAUCAGAAAUAAGAGGCUCAGAGAUCUUCUGUAUUAUUCUGUGUCUCCUACUUGUUUACGAUUGGAUGCUUGCUUUAGUCCAACUAUUACAAUUGGCAGGAAGACGAUAAAGAAAUCAUUUAAAGCGUUUGUAAAUGUUGAUAACUGUCACUUUAUUGUGACACUAGGAUUUGAAGGAUGGAGAAAAAGUUUAAUUUUAAUCAGUUAUGAUUGGGGAAAGAAAGAAGAACUACAUAUAACAGAUGAAAUAAAAGUAAUGUUUUCCAUCAGUCGAAAUGAGGACAAAAAUCAGUUUUCCGUAAAUCUUGGAAUGAAGCUGUCUAUUCAGGGAUCAGUAUUGAUUGAUGAAAUGUUUAUUCAAGAUAUGCAUGUACCAAUUCCAUUUUGUGACUCUAGUUUCAAGUUGCCUGGAGAUGGGUCGUUAAAAGGACUGGUUGAAUCGUUGGGUAACAAAAUGACAUCUGAAGGAUUUAAACUUGUUUUGAAACAAUUUGGACUAGAUAAAAUACUUCCGAGUAGUCCAUGUACGGUCCCAGAUUUCACAGCAGAUUGUCCUUUAGCCAUCGAUCCUAAGAAAUAUCUGCCAUCAAAUUUGCAUGGAAUAGUUCGGUGCAAUAUGACGAACGACUGCUUCGGCUUACACUGUUGUCUUGAUUUGAAAUUCACAGUUCGUGUUGACAUAAUUGAACUGAGUGUUCCUAUGUUAUUUAAAAUGGACAGCUGUAAUUUUGAGGUAGAAGCUAAAUUUGGAACCUUUAAAUACAAAUCUAGCAUUUUGAAUUAUGACUGGGGUAAUGAACAAAGUUUGAAAAUUGGAAGUGGGGAACCAGCUCCAAUUAUUAUAAGAUAUUCUGUGAACAAAGAUUACAACAAUGACAUUAUUGUGAAUGUUCAGAUCACAAUAUGUUUCAAUAUUGGUGAAGAAACGUUCUGCAUUCCAGAAAAUGGAUUUUAUCUUUUGAAUAACCAGAUUAUUCCGUCUUGUUCAAGAAAUUUUACAGACAUUACAAAAUUUUCAGUAUCAAAUUGGAUGAAGGAGACAUCCGUAGGUUUACAUGAUGGGAUGAAAGAAGCUGCCGUACAUUAUGUAUUAGAAAAGCUUGACAUACAACACUUAUUUGAGGGUCCAAUGUGUGAUCGUAAGAGGAAACCUUAUAUUCCAAGUGUCCAAGGAUGGCAUAAUGAAUGUAAAUUCGGGGUAUUCAGGUUACCCGACGUUGAAAAUAUGAUGUCAUGUCAUAUAACAGAGUUUUGCACAGGGAUAAAGUGCUGUGGAGUUAUACCAAUUUUUGGAUUGACGUUAGAACCAUUUCUUAUCAUUGAUCCGUGUGAAUAUGUCAUAUUUUAUGGCAUAAAUACAAUUAAUAAAAGUUUAUCUCUAUUUGACUACGAAUGGGGAAAGAAGAUUCAACUAUCAUUAGCUAAUAAUGUCAUAAAGAUAGAAUUUUCAAUUCGAAAACCACCAGGACAGAAAAUGUAUAUAAUUGACCUGUCAAUCAUGGCAUGUUUAAUUGAUGGUGAAAAAUGUGUACCCGAUAUUAAAAUAUUGGACUCGACACAGUUUCGACAGAUUGUUUGUGAUCUUGAUGUUACAUUUAAUUUGAAAAAUUUUUCUCUGAAUAACUGGAUCCAUCAGAUUGGCAGUAGUGACGAGUCGGGAAAGUUGAGUACAUCACAAGUACGACUUCUUCUACAGCAGCUUGGACUAGACAAAUAUAUCAGCUCUCCUGGAUGUAAACGUACUGAUUCAAAAUAUUUACCAGCUGUCAAAGGAUGGAAAUCAGAUUGUACCUAUCUUUCAAGUUCAGGCCUUGUUGAAUUACCGAAGUAUUUAUCGUGUUCCGUAUCAGCAUCUUGCACAGCUGUUGACUGUUGUAUGGACUUGAAUUUACUGAAUUUAACGCUUAACUUUCAUAUUUCUGUAGAUACAUGUGAAUUUAUCAUUAAAGGUGCUAUAGAAAAAUUCGACUUUGAACUGCCGUUUUCCAAUUAUGUUUAUGGAGAUGUUAGAGAAGUAAGACUUCGGGAGGUAAUCAGGAUCAUGUGAGUGAUAAUUUAUGUACAGCUGAUCGAAAAACUGCAACGGUUUAACUCUGUCCUGCCAUAUAUCUGUCAGUCAGUCAGUGUAUCGAGACUUUCUGCCUGUGAACUUCAAAUGAGAGCUUGUGUAAACUGGAAACAGACUUCAUGUCAGCGUGUUGCCUGUUGAACUUAAAUUCACAUAUACUUUGUAAUGUCGAAAUAUUUGUCGAAUUUUUAUGUGGGACUUUUUU